UAAUGAACUAUAGUAAAAUAUAGUAAAGUUAGCCUCAGUGGAUCCUACAGUCAAUCAAUCAAGUGAUUGAAAUACAUUCAAAUAUUGAAAAUGUGUGGAAUAUUUUGUACCAUUUGUCCCUCGACGGAAGAAGCUAAUCUUAGAAGAAAGGAAAUCAUUACAAUGAUCAAAUCGCUUCUGCAAAGACGUGGCCCAGAUAAUUUCGGUGAAAAGCAUAUCGUAGAGAGACGCCACAGUGGUACCAGUUGCGACCUCUCCAACUGCUUUAUCCAUCUGUCAGCUGCUGUUCUUCACCUUCGGGGCGAAUGCAUAGCCAAACAACCUGUCGAAGACACAUUUGGUAAUGUUUUGGCAUGGAAUGGGGAAAUUUUUGCAGGGAUUAAGGUUACAGCUGAUGAAAGUGAUACCUCGACAUUGCUCAAACGUUUGCAUACUUCCAUGGAUGACAACGUUGCGGAACAUGUUCUCAGGACAAUGUCCCAGAUUCGUGGACCAUGGGCGUUUGUCUAUUAUCAGGCCAGUAAACAUACUCUCUGGUUCGGUCGAGAUUUUUUUGGACGGCGCAGUUUGCUUUGGCACCUCCCCUCGUCAUCCACUGACCUAUUUACAUUGUCCUCAGUUGGAACGAGAUCAGAUACCGGUGGACAGUUUUGGAAAGAAGUGCCGGCCAAUGGAAUAUAUUCGAUAGAUUUAAGGAAAUUUGGUGAUUAUUUUUCCUCCGAAGAAGCGAGCGCUGUAGACGUUCAGACGUUUUUGCAAAGAUAUCCAUGGCAGGAACCUUCCUCUAACAAAUAUCCAGCAUGUCCUGUUCCAAAGCAGUUUAAUAGAAAAAUGAUGGAUGACAUUAAUUCCUCAGAAUCCCUAUCUUCAACCAACUGUUUGAAACAGCCAGAGCAAUCUUUACGCCAACCUGAAGCUGUGUCUUCGGCGGUAAGAGGGAAGACAGAUAACGAUAAACUGAGUAGAACGUCACGUAAUUCGUGUAUAAAUACAGAUACAACGACAAAAGACGAUGACCCCGCUUAUGUAACUCGUUCUAUCGCAAAUUUUCGAAUAAAAACUCCGAACUACAAAUAUAACACAAACAUUCCUGGUGAUAUAGUUGGUCAAUCUGGUGAGACAAUGUUGCGAGGCGACAUCGUUCCUGGUUCUACCGAAAUGGAAGAGCAAAGUAAUGUAGGACACACGGUUGAAGCCGGUACUGCAAGUCAGUCUUCUGAACUUUUCGUAGAUGAGGUAGAAGAAGGUACGGAUUUCGAUCAGCUUCGUGAUGAUCAAACGAACCAGUGCCAAAAUGGCGGCCAUAUUAGCGACGUCGUGGUUGAGCAGUUUGCAAACGUUCUUACUGAAGCUGUUAAAAGGCGCGUUUUUAAUUUACCAAGAAAAACGGAGAAUGAGUCUGAAACCCCACCUGAAGAAGUCCAGAGAGGUUGUACUACAAGUAAAAGAGAGGGGGAGGAAUGUAUUGAAAAGAAAUCGAAAAGUUAUGUCGGAAUUCUUUUUUCCGGAGGACUGGACUCGAUUGUACUCGCGGCACUUGCAGACAGGUGUGUCCCAUCAGAGGAACGUAUAGAUCUUAUUAACGUUGCGUUUGAACAAAGGCGCAAAGGCAAGCAUGGCAAACAAGGAGGAAAACACAACCGCUUCAAAUAUCGCGAUGACGGUGAUGAUGUCACUAACUUUGAUGUACCUGACCGGAUUACUGGGCGGGAUGGUGUAGCCGAACUUAGGCAGAUUAAUCCGCACAGAACGUGGAACUUUGUUGAGGUGAAUGUUACUUUGGAGGAACUGCGUAAGGAGAGGUCAAACUAUAUAACCCAUCUCGUGUCUCCUCUAAGUACAGUGCUAGAUGACAGCAUUGGCUGUGCACUGUGGUUUGCAGCAAGGGGAAAAGGCACGUUAUGUUGCGGUGAAGAGAUUUCUAGUUCUUGUGAUCAUGAACCAUCAUAUACAUGUCCUGCAAAGGUACUGCUUGUGGGGAUGGGGGCAGACGAACAAUUAGGAGGAUACGCUCGACAUCGUUCCCGCUUCAGUAAAGACGGGUGGAAGGGAUUGGUAGAUGAAAUUGAAAUGGAAGUGCAGAGAAUAUCAGAACGAAAUCUUGGCCGUGAUGACCGAUGUAUAUCAGACCAUGGUCGUGAAUCUCGUUUUCCAUUUCUUGACGAAGACGUUGUGUCAUUUCUAAAUGACUUGCCGGUUUGGAUAAAGUGUGACCCACGCUUACCUCGUGGGAUCGGUGAGAAAAUCCUUUUACGCCGUUUGGGAAAAUCCCUUGGCCUGAAAGGUUCAUCCGCAUUGCCAAAAAGAGCCAUCCAAUUUGGAUCAAGAAUUGCAAAAUUAGAGAGUUCUAGCGAGAAAGGGGGUGAGAAGUGCAACAGAUUUUGAUUUCAACGAAAUGCGCAAAUACAUUUGGAUUGUUUUCCUAAUUCUGAACUAUUAAUUGGAGAAUUUGUGAUGAUGACCUUGCAACAAUAAUUUAUAAUCGAAUACUGAUAUUGAUGUUUUAUGAAAUGUAGGCGGAUUUAUUUUUGAAUUGUUUUAUUUUAUACUUUUCCUAUAAAUUUAUCUAAUUGCCUUUAACACAAUUACCUAAAAUAGCUACAAUCAUUCUUUAAUAGAUAGAUAUCCUAGAAUAUAUAUAGCUACAGUUUUUCAUUCCACCAAAUUCUCAAUUGUUCAUAUUUUGUAUAAUUCGAAAUAGUAAAGUACGCUACAGGACUACCUAAUAAAAAUAGAUAUUCGAUUUCCUAUA